UGCAAGAGCAGUACAAGCAGCAAACACAGGCAGCAGCAUCCCAGGGCAGCAUAGAGAACCCAGCACCGUUGUGCCAGCAUCUCUCACUUCCUGAUCCCCUGCAAGGAGCAAAUCCACGCAGCCGAUGACACCUGGCUGGCACAAUACAGACUCACCUGAGACACCCACUGUAUUAUACCCCACAAUAACAAUACACCAAACUAUUAUUGUUUCUUGAACUUUUUUUACACAUUAUUUUAAAACGUUUUAGCAUCUUACAUCUUUUUUUAUGAGUUUUGCUAUCAAGUGAUAGGAGCUGACACUUGUUUGUACAGAGGUUGUAGCUAUGAAUACGAUGCUGGUGCUGCAGUGGAUGCUGGUUUGUGGGCUUGCGCUGGUAAUUAUUGAGUGUGAAGCUAAGUAUGGAGAGAAAUCUGACUCUGCUGUUAGGAGAAGAAGGUGCUUAAAUGGAAGUCCCCCAAAACGCGUAAAGAGGAGACAUAGGAAGCUGCAGACCUUGGAUUUGGGGGGAGCAGGAGAGAGUUGUAGGGGGCUCUAUCCGCGUCUGUCCUGUUGUUCCAAGCCUGACAGCCCAGGAAUACAUCUGGACCCAAAGAUAUUUUCAGUUACCAACAACACGGAAUGUGCAAAGCUUCUGGAGGAAAUCAGAUGUGCGUACUGUUCACCACAUGCUCAGAACCUCUUCAAUCCACCUGAAAGAACAGAGACAUCUGAGAGGCAGCUCCUCCUCCCCACCCUCUGCAAAGACUAUUGCAAAGAAUUCUACUACACGUGCCGAGGGCAGAUACCAGGCUUACUUCAAACUACAGCAGAUGAGUUUUGCUUUUACCACGGCAUCAGAGAGACCGGGCUGUGCUUCCCAGACUUUCCAAGAAAGCAAGUGCGAGGCCCAGCAUCUAACUAUUUGGACCAGAUGGAAGAAUACGACAAAGUGGAAGAGAUCAGCAGAAAACAUAAACACAACUGCUAUUGUAUUCAAGAGAUCGUGAGAGGCUUAAGACAACCAGUUGGUGCCAUGCAUAGUGGAGAUGGGUCUCAUCGACUCUUUAUCCUAGAGAAGGAAGGUUACGUGAAGAUUCUAACCCCAGAAGGCGAUCUUAUAAAAGAGCCUUUUUUGGACAUCCAUAAAGUGGUUCAAAGUGGAAUAAAGGGAGGAGAUGAAAGAGGACUUCUAGGCCUUGCAUUCCAUCCCAAUUAUAGGAAAAAUGGAAAGCUGUAUGUGUCGUACACCACCAUCCAAGAGCGCUGGGCCAGCGGACCUCACGACCACAUUCUUAGAGUUGUAGAAUACACAGUAUCUAGGAAAAAUCCCAGCCAGAUUGAUGUUAGAACGGAGAGGGUGUUUCUCGAAGUGGCAGAAUUACACAGAAAGCACUUGGGAGGACAAAUUUUGUUUGGGCCAGAUGGCUUCCUGUAUAUUUUCCUAGGAGAUGGAAUGAUAACAAUUGAUGAUAUGGAAGAGAUGGAUGGUCUAAGUGAUUUUACAGGCUCAGUACUAAGAGUGGAUGUGGACAUAGAUGUAUGCAAUGCUCCUUACACCAUACCCAGAAGCAAUCCUCAUUUUAAUAGUACGAAUCAACCCCCUGAAAUCUUUGCACAUGGGCUACACAAUCCAGGCAGAUGUGCAGUUGACCGACAUUCCAAAGACAUCAAUAUGAAUUUGACAAUUCUUUGCUCAGAUAUAAGUUCCAAGAAUAGAUCGUCUGCAAGAAUCUUACAGAUCAUUAAAGGAAAGGAUUAUGAAAGUGAGCUCUCACUUUUAGAGUUCAAACCCCUGAGCAGUGGACAAAUGGUUGGUGGAUUUAUAUACAGAGGUUGUCAAUCAGAAAGGCUGUAUGGAAGCUACGUAUUUGGUGAUCGAUAUGGAAACUUUAUUACUCUUAACCAAAAUCCUGUAAAUAAACAGUGGCACGAGAAACCAUUCUGUCUUGGCAGCGGCGCUUCCUGUAGAGGACCUUUUACGAGUCAUAUACUGGGAUUUGGAGAAGACGAACAAGGUGAAGUGUAUAUACUGUCAAGUAGCAAAAGUAUGACCCAGUCUCACAGUGGGAAACUGUACAAAAUUAUUGACCCAAAAAGACCAUUAGUGCCUGAAGAAUGUAGGCGACCUGCACUGCCUGCACAGCCUUUGUCCUCAGAGUGCUCGCGACAUUGUAGAAAUGGGCACUGUACCCCCACAGGAAAAUGCUGUUGUAAUCAAGGAUGGGAAGGAGAGUUCUGCAGAUUUGCAAAAUGUGAGCCUGCAUGUCGGCAUGGAGGUGUCUGCGUGAGGCCAAACAAAUGUUUAUGUAAAAAAGGCUACCUGGGACAACAGUGUGAACAAAUGGAUAGAAACAUCCGGAGAGUGGCCAGGGCAGGCUGAUACCACCUCAUGUUUAUUCUUUCACCCGCCAUAGAGGAAAUAUGCUAUUUCUUCCCACCUGCCCUUUGGCCCCCAGGCCUGCACCUAUCUGACUGCACUAACUUUUACAAAGCAAAUAGGAAAGCAUCACUGAAAGACAUUAUUGGUUCUCCUGUCAAACAUUGUAUGAGAUGUACAUUUUUUGUUCCAUCAGUGCUAUGCUUAUUGGAGUAGUGAGUGCAUAUUGCUGCCAAAGGGAUGUUGGUAAAUUAGCCAUGAACAAAGGGAUGGAAUCAAAACCAGAGACAAGAGAGAAUACUGAGGUUUUAAAUGGUCCCAACCAUUUGUUAACCCAAAAUAUGACGAAGAGCAAUAGUUGUGAGUUAUGGUGAUUUCAUAUCCACAGCAAAUGAGUUACAAUGUAAAGCACAUAAUCACUUAGACAGUAGGCCUUAAACUUGCAAAACCAAUCCAUUUUGGUCCAUUAGUGAUCAGAUUUUCUUUUUUUCUUUUUUUUUUUUUUACAUUAUUAACCCUUUAAGGACACAGCUUUCAGUUUGCUCAAUUGUUUUAUGACGGAAAAAUUCUGUCAUAUGUCCUUAAGAGGUUAAAGCAAUACAACACUUUGUAGUUAACCAUAAUAAUAAUAUUAUUAAUAAUAAUAAUAAUAAUUAAAUAGAAUGAGACCGAUUCUAGAGGUUUUUUUUUGCUGAUGUUUUCUAAUUCAAACAGUAAAGUACCCAAUCUGCCAAACAAAGCAUUCUGUUAAUGACAUCCUACUGUACCUGUUUACAUGUUUUAUUAUAAAAACAACUUUAGUGCUUACAAAUAAAACCCAAAUAUAAAUGAAAACAAAUAUAUAUUUAUUCUGUAUAUUUUCUUAAAUUUGUACCAUAUAACUUUCUGAUUGGAAUGUAUAACUGACACAUUUUUUAUAUAUUUUCAUCUGUAUUUGAAUUUAUUUUAUUUUUUUGCUAUUGUUUUAAUGGCUACAAAUGUAAUUUAUCACAGCAGAUUUUUUUUAAUGCAAAAAUCAUAAAUGUAGUAAUAUUAUCAUCUGUAUACUUAAGUUAAUCUAAAUGUUGUGUGUACUUACCAAGUAUUCAUAUUGGUAAAACCAUACGUUUUUCACUUUGUUCCUAUUCUCUAUGCAUUAUGCAUUCAACAAAUAAAAUUGUGUAUUUAUA